AUGAGUUGCCAGAGAGGAAACGUGACGAAAUGCAAACGACCCAAGUUCAUGAACAAAACUGCAUUCAAAAAUAAUUUGCAUGACACAAGUGAUCUAAUAAAAAGGAUCAAUGAACUUGAAGUCAGCAGUUGUUGCAACAGAUGCAAAGAUGUCAUCGAAUGGAAGAUCAAGUUCAACAAAUACAAACCUCUCUCCCAACCUAAAAAAUGUGUCAAAUGCCUGCAGAAGACUGUGAAGAACUCUUACUACACCGUUUGUUUGCCAUGUUCAGAAAAGCAGCACAUCUGUGGCAAAUGU